UACUACUGCUACUACUACUACUACUACUACUACUACUACCUCUAUUACGGCUACUGCUCUCUAAUAAUGUUCAAGUACACAUUGCUGCUGCUGUCAGCACUCGUCAGUGCGGCGCUUGCAUGCGAGCCGGAAUGUCGCCACGGUCUUGCUCAUGCAUUCGCUGGCUUCUACGGCCCUGUUGUCGAGCUCGCGGUUGGAGAUUUACAAAACACCUUCUCCAACACGCUAUUCAAUCUCACUAUUCCUACACAAAUCUCAGCGACGGUGCCUGACGACGUCCUGCGGACAGGCGUCACCAACGGCUUAUCUGACACGCUCCAACUGUUUGUCAACGAAGCUACCGGCAAGCCGCUCGAAGAUGGUAUCUUUUCUGUCAUGUUCUCGGAGGAGAAGCCGUUCAAGGGCGACUGCAACCAUCCUGCUCGCUUGACACGCAAAAUGCCUCCUACCGGAGAAAGCUGGUACAGAGAAGAAUGUGUAAAAAUGGACUACAUUUGCGGUAACCCACCCUCCAUUUGCCAUUUCUUGGACGAUGUCAAAGACCGGAUCGUUCGACGCAUCCGCACUCAACUCGAAGGCUACGCAACGUUCGACAACGGGUUCCUUGUGCGCAACGUGGUGCAGACGGUAAAGCAGUCGACGCGCGGGGUCAUGGAAAAGUACGGAGCAGGCUCAAUGGUAAACGAUCCAAACGUCACUUCGUUCAUCAACGGGCUUAUCAGCAACGCAGUGCGGUCGCUGGAUAUGUGGGCUGCGUUGGAUGUGAAGCAGCUGUGCAACCGUGCGCACGAGACGGAAGCGUGCCAUGGCUGGGACGAACAAAUCAUUCCCGAAAUAUUAAAGUGGCCUUAAAGAAGAAGAACGCACUUUGUUAUCCUUUUAUCCUCCCUUUGCUUUUCCUAAUACAUCACCUUACCCCACUCAACUCAACUCAUCCAAAGCCAUGCAUCCUUACCACCCACCCACUCUACUACUACCAGCAGCACUGACAAUACACACACACACAUCAACACACAUCCACACACUAUAUAACCCCCAUCACAUGUUCCUUCAAAUCCGCGUGCAUUCUUUUUUCUUCUUUGUAUAUUUUCCAAGACUUCGUUGUUUCUUCUUUUUUUUUUCACUUUUUCGUUACUAAACAAAAUAAAGUUAUUCGGGCCCGUGACAAUACGGGGCAAUGCCCACUUGCUCAGCUGCGUUGCACCACCAACAAAAAUGCGUGUAUUUUUGGAUUCGCAAGGUCUGGUGGAAGAAAGGUUAUUCAGUACGAUGCACUU